CCAUUGGCUGGAUGUGUUCUCCGCCCAAUGCAAUAACUCCUGAGGACAAAACACAAAGAUUUAUUAGUGAACUUGUACGUGUGAACAAUCCGUAAAAAUCACACAGCAGCCGUUUGGAUUGGAAAAGGCAGACAUGCAGAAAGUUCUCUCUCGUAUGCACAGGCCAUGUGCGGCCAGGAGAUCCGAUUAUUGGAAUGUUAUUGAUUUCACUGCCAGAAUCCACAGGCCUAGCGGUGCAUUAUGUCAGAAGUCUGCAGUGGAACACACAGUCCCUGACCUCCCGGAGAUGCCUCAGUGCCACUUCAGACCUGACCCACACCAGGGCAUGUCUGCCAAGGAGAUGCUGCAUAUCAGGAAACACAACUGCAACCCCAUGACCAUGAAGGUGACGUCGUACAAAAAGCCAGUAUUUAUCCAUCAGGGCCACAUGCAGUGGCUGUGGGAUGUGGAUGGAAGGCGUUACUUGGACCUCUUUGCCGGAGUGGCCACAGUCAGUGUCGGUCACUGUCACCCGAAGGUGACAGCUGCUGCAGAGAAACAGUUAAGACGCCUGUGGCACACCACCAACAUCUACGUUUACCCCACCAUCCACGAAUAUGUAGAGAAACUAGUGGCUCUUCUGCCUGAGCCGCUGAAGGUGGUGUACCUGACCAAUAGUGGUUCAGAGGCCAAUGAGUUGGCCAUGCUUAUGGCACGACUGCACACUGGCAACUUUGACAUUAUUAACUUCAGAGGUUCAUAUCAUGGUGGUAGCCCCCAGACUAUGGGUCUGACCUCAAACGCUGCAUACAAGUAUCCAGUAGCCUCAGGACUGGGCUGUCAUAAUACUAUGUGCCCUGAUGUGUUCAGAGGCCCAUGGGGAGGGAGCCACUGCAGGGACUCUCCUGUCCAGACCUACCGUCAGUGCAGCUGCCCCUCAGACCAUUGCCAGGCCAAUGACAUGUAUAUUAAUCAGCUGAAAGAAGUGUUUGCCACUAGUGUUCCAAGUCAAAUUGCUGCUUUCUUUGGUGAGCCUAUACAGGGUGUGGGUGGUGCGGUCCAGUACCCUAAGGACUAUUUAAAAGAGGCUUACAAGCUUGUGCGUGAACGAGGAGGUGUCUGCAUUGCAGAUGAGGUACAGACUGGGUUUGGACGUACAGGAAGUCACUAUUGGGGAUUCCAAGGUCACGGUGUUAUUCCCGAUAUGGUUACCAUGGCGAAGGGCAUAGCAAAUGGGUUUCCAAUGGGGGCAGUUGUCACAACUCCAGAGAUUGCCAGCUCACUUGGAAAAGGAGUUCACUUCAACACAUUUGGUGGCAAUCCAGUGGCGUGUGCCAUCGGCUCAUCAGUGCUUGACACCAUAAGGGAAGAUGGAACCCAGGAGAUAAGCGCUAAUAUUGGCACAUAUAUCCUGAAGGAAUUGGCAAAGAUGCGUGAGAAGUAUGAAAUCAUUGGUGACGUACGUGGCAAGGGGCUCAUGAUUGGUGUUGAGAUGGUCAAAGACAAGGCAAGCCGAGACCCUCUCCCUCCUGGAGACGUGGCUGAGAUCUUCGAGGACGUCAAAGAUAUGGGAGUCCUGAUUGGGAAGGGAGGCGUGUAUGGACAGACCUUCAGGAUCAAGCCCCCUAUGUGCAUCACGAAACAGGACGCAGAUUUCUUCCUAGCGGUCUUCAAUCAGUCAAUGCUCAACUACAUGGAGAGGAGAUGAGAUCCCAGUGACAAAGCCUGCUGUGGACAAUGAUUUCUCGAUCAUAAAAUGUCCAGGGAUGGAAUUUCUGUUUAAAAAGCUUUAUUUGAAGCACUAGCCCAGCUGUCAGAUGCAACUUGUUACAGAACAUGCAUUAAAUUAACAUAUCUAUAGUCUGUAUUCACCUGUAAUGUCAUAUUUUGCGGAACAAUCAAUGUUCAAAGCUUGAAUUAGCCCACAAUAUGCUGUCUUUUCUGCCCUUCAAGACACCCACAGCCACCAUGGCUGCCCUGUCCCUCCAUGAGAAAAUCACAGUAAUUACAACAGCUUUCAGCAACAGCUCAAUGAUAGUUCAAAGGGCACAAUUACAGUCAAAUUGCAAUUAUUUUCUGUUAGUUUCUAUAGUGGCUGUAGCCUUUGCAGGAAUAGCCUGCAUAUUCUUUGCAUUGGCUGUUCUUUCUGUUAGACACUCCUUGAAAUAGCUUAGCUUACUUCUACUGAUUUGAAUUCCCCCUGACAGCAUAGAACUCCCCAUCAUGAGCACCAACACUCUGUUACCUUAAUACGUCCUUAAUCUGUGGGUGGGUGGGAAACAAUUUCUUAUAAAGCCAUGAAUAAAUGAAUUUUAAUCCAUAUAAAA